AGCAAGCCCCCCUGUGACAAUAAGAAACCUCCCCCAGCCUGCUCCUCCCCCUUCACACCCCCUUGGAGGUAUAAGGAGAGAACUGACAGCCUAGACUCCUAGGCUCCAGAGAGGGGAAGGGAGGGAGGGGCAGAGGAAGGGGUAGAAAGACGAGCUUUGGGCAGGCAGGGUUAUUCUCUCUGCCUCUCUGCCUGGCAUACACUGCCCAGCUAUGGGAACCUUCGACCUGUGGACAGAUUACCUGGGUUUGGCACGCCUGGUGGGGGCACUGCGUGGGGAAGAGGAGUCCAAAACCAGGCUGGACCCCCAGCCACAGCCAGCUCCAGGACCAGGGGGUCAGAGGCCCAGCCCGGAAUCUUCACCAGCUCCUGAACGCCUGUGCUCUUUCUGCAAACACAACGGCGAGUCUCGGGCCAUCUACCAGUCCCACGUGCUCAAGGAUGAGGCGGGCCGGGUGCUGUGUCCCAUCCUUCGUGACUACGUGUGCCCCCAGUGCGGUGCCACGCGCGAGCGUGCCCACACUCGCCGUUUCUGCCCACUCACUGGCCAGGGCUACACCUCUGUCUACAGCUACACCACCCGCAACUCCGCUGGCAAGAGGGUGUCCCGGCCUGACAAGGCAAGGAUGCAGGACUCAGGGCAUCGCCGUGGAGGAGCAGGAGCAGGAACAGGAGCAGCGGGACCAGCAGCAGCAGCAGGAGGAGCAGCAGCCUGCGCAGGUUCCAAAGGUGCUGGGAAGUCUUCUGGACCUUCACCCUCUUCCUUCUGUCCUUCCACUUCGGCCUAAGAGAGGAGACUGGUGCAGGAAGGAUGGAGAUGCUGCCUUCCCCUGGGUGUGGGGACCCAAGCUCUAUGGAGGAUAUAUUUUGGGGGAAGAUCCACCUUGCCAAGGACCUGCCUCUGGACCCUUGCCCCAGCCUGGAGGCCUGGUAAGAGAGCAGGGCCUGAGAGUACAGCUGAAAGAGACCCCAUGAGGAUGGAGGUGGCCCUCAGGCACCCUGGCCCUCCCUAUCCAGCACUGGGCACCCAGUCAGCACUCAAUAAAUGCUUACAAAUGGA